AUGAUUGGCAAAACAUUGAGGAAAAGACGUUGGUGUGAACUUCGUAAACACAAAUGGUCUGAUUCAGAGGCGCUAUCAACGGUUAACGAAGUUGCAGACAGCUAUUUUAAGGCGGAACAUUGCGAAUUAAGCACAACCAGCGAUUUGCCAUCAGUGUCGGCGCUGCGCUUGGUUUGUCGUCAUGAAGAGGAGAAAGAAGCAGACGGUGGAGACGGUGAUGAUGAUGAGAGUUUUGACAUAGCGUCAACCAAAGAAGUCGAUGGACAGACACACGCUGCCACGAAGGAUGGCAUUCUCGCACUGUUGGCGGCUGCUGCCAGAAACGAUUCGAUUCGUAAAUUGUGUGUCACUCUUGCACGAGGAUGGCUUGCAUUGAAUAUUAUUAUGGCACUGGAGUCAAUUCAAGACGAAGACCGGUAUUUCCAUCCAUCGCGCUACGUACUGGCGCGGAUUGUGUGUUUGUUGUCGACGUUCUACUCCACACUGGAGCAUAGCGGGUCUACUUGUGACAGUGUGCUGGCUUUCGUGGAUGCUGUGCGAGCUCAUCGAGGUGAAGAACAGUUGCAGGGUCCUUCUGUCACAGCAGCAAGGGCACUAAAGAAAAGGGCUCCAAGAUUUUCGACAAACGGCGGCCUCUGA